GAGCAUGCGAUCUAUCUAUAAAUACCGCUGGCGUGUGGCAGUGGGAGAUUCGAUUUGCCCUCUAAAGCGCUACGCCACACACGCUCGUGUACUCAUAUGACAGCCUCCCGACUAUAAGUCAUAAAGCUUAUAAGAGGGACUUGCACUCUCUCUUGUGACCAUUUAAGAUCUUGGCUACGCUCCGAAUCUUGGUCACGCUUUAAAUAUUCAGAGUCUGCCUCUGCGUUUUUAAAUACCACAGACGGAAUAUAAACACUUUUUGAUUUUUGGGGGGCAUAUACUGGACACAACUUUGGUUCGAUCAUGCCAGCCGAUAUUAUGGAGAAGCAGACCGCAUCCCCUAUUGCUGGUGCCCCUGCCAGUGGAUCCCAUACUCCGGACAAACCAAAGAAUGCCAGCGAGCAUAGAAAGUCUUCAAAGCCAAUCAUGGAGAAACGCCGCAGAGCGAGAAUCAACGAAAGCCUCGGCCAGCUGAAGACCUUGAUUCUUGAUGCUCUUAAAAAAGAUAGCUCCAGACACUCAAAAUUGGAGAAAGCUGAUAUUCUUGAGAUGACAGUCAAGCACUUGCGUAAUCUGCAGCGUGUUCAGAUGACUGCAGCCAUGUCAGCUGACACCAACGUCCUGAGCAAGUAUCGGGCGGGCUUCAACGAGUGCAUGAACGAGGUGACACGAUUUCUCUCUACCUGUGAGGGGGUGAAUAUGGAGGUUAGGUCACGGCUUCUCAACCACCUGUCCGGUUGUUUGGGACAGAUGAUCGCCAUGAACUACCCACAACCUUCCCCGGCUCAACAGGCACAUUUGGCUCAACCUCUUCACGUGCAGCUUCCUUCUUCCUUGCCCAUCAACAGCGCCGCAAUGGGCUCCAAACUCAGUCCUUCAGAAGCAGUCUCACCUAAAGUUUUUGGAGGAUUCCAGCUGGUGCCAGCCACUGAUGGACAGUUUGCUUUUCUAAUUCCCAACCCAGCUUUCGCUUCUGCAACAACCCCAGUCAUUCCCCUCUACGCAAAUGCAAGCCUUCCCGUUACUGUCAACUCCAGUCCCCUCCAGGCCAGCUCAGCACCCACGGUAGCAUCUCCUGUCCAAGGAAUGACAUCCUUCGUGGGCGUUUCACAGUCCGUCAGUCCCAUUGGUGUUAGUGCUGGCGUAGAAGGCAAUGAACCAGUGUGGCGACCCUGGUAGACUUGCUCAUCCCAUACGAACUUAUAAAACAGUUUUUCAUGAUGAAGAAAUAUAUUGCGUUCCAUUUUAAGGGACUAUAUUAACAUUCUGUUGAACAUGGCACAAAUGUUUGUUUGCUGAUUCCAAAAUUUGGAUGUUGUUAAUGAAUAUGCUGUGAAUUCAUCAGAAUAACACUUAAUGUUUAUAAAAAAAAAGUACUUUUUUAAAUGAAAUAAUUUAGUUUUGUACAAAGUUUGUAAAAGAUUGUAUCAUGCCAAAGCUUUCUUGUUUUUUUUUUUUUUCAGGAUGAGUGUUUAUGUUUGAUGCUAAAUAAAUCAAAAUA